AAAUAUAAUGUAAACAUGCGCAUAUUUUCAGAAAAUGAACAUUAGUAGGUGUAGGAAAACCAAAACGUAUACCCUAUAUAAAUCUUUUGUGCGUCGUUUUAAUUUUUCAAAUCACUACUGGAUAACAUGUCGUUGUUUCAAGUGCCCGGCAGCAAAAAGGAGGGAAAUAAUGUCGAGAAAUGUGCCAAUGAUGUAGACAAGCUCGUGUAUGCUGCUAAGGUGGGACAAUGGGAUGUCGCUUGGUCCAUUCUUGGAACACCAGAUGCUCCAAAAAAGAGUUACCUCUUAAACGCAAUCCCUCAAAAUCGUCGAUGGGGUGUUUUACAUCAGGCCGUGUAUUGGAAAGAUCCGAGCAUUCUUCGAACUUUGCUAAAAUUCAAAUCGUGCGAUUCAGAUAUGAAAGCAAAGAAAUGUGAGUCAGAAUGCGGCGCCACUGGGAGAAUGAAUGCCCUUGAAAUCGCAAAUAAGUAUAAAUAUACAGCAAUGAGUGUUAUUUUGAAAAACCAUAUGCUUAACAGCGUUCGAGAACAACAUAUCCCGACGUUCCAGCCAUAUGAUGGUUACUGCGACAAUAAAGGACUCUGUUUGCUAUCGGUCACUCUGUCGUCAUACAAGAAGGCGUUUCAUCCGACAGCCGUGGACCCUAAUAAAUCGGUUCUAUCGAUUCUCUCCGAUGUAUUCAACGACAUAUGUCGUGGAGCAGGGCGUUGGAAGGCUGUUCAAGAGGUGGUGGCAGACUCCGUUUACGCUGUCUCGGUUGAGAAAGCAGAUGAUAUAAGGAGCUGCAUCGACAUGGACUCGUUUUUUGGCCAAGUCAUAAGGUCCUACACCAAUGAAAACAACUCGAUUUACUCUUACCUGAACAUGGCGUUUAGAAGGCAAAGGGAGAACCAUUAUUGCCCUACCGGCGAUGACCUAGCUAUGGGUCCAUAUUGCGUAAUGUACCAGAUGCUUCUCCUCUUCUGGAAGAACUUAGCGGCUGAAAGUCGAAUCACAUACCGAAAGAUGAUGCUUAGAAGAGGCGACGUGGAUAAAUAUACACCGGGGACAAGGUUUGUCUGGCAGUCAAUAGUUUCAUCCGCGGUGCGAGAUGAACACACCCACGCAUUUCCGACGCAAGGCCCAGUCGGAGAUAUCGCUAUCAUAUUUACGAUUGAUAACUCUACGCCGUGUGUUUGGCAACCACGAAACAUUGAGGCACAUGCAGAGUUUGAAGAGACAGAAAGAACGUACCCUGCAGGAGCAAAGUUCUUGGUCACCAAUCGACAAGAGAGAAACGAAGAAGUCAAUGUUUCGCUGAAACUGCUCGGGAAAUAAAAUUGACAACGGAACAGAAAUAAUCUUUGCUGUGGUGCAACUUUGUUUUGUACGAAAAGUGUUGUCGAACCUGUAUUAUGAAUAUUAAUUAGCUUGUUGCUUUUUGCAGGUAAGCAUGUUAAUUGUUGCAAUAUUGAAUCAUUAUAUUAUUGAAUUGUUA